AUGAGGGAAAAAGGAAAAGUUUUUCAGCGCAAUUUUAAGCCAAAAAUUGUGGCUCAAUAUGAACGAGUAUUUCAUAAAGAGAAAGGAGGAACGUUAGAUCGGCGUUUUUUUCUGGAUCUUUAUCUUCUUGAAUGUGAUUUGCAAGAAUUAGAGUCUAUACUUGAAGAAUUAACGGGAGAUCAGCUUCUUUUUUUGCAGAAUAAUACACGUGGCUUAUUUAUGGAAGGAGUAUCUAUUAUUAAGAAAGCAGAUCCGUUGAGAUUAGAAAAUGUAUUGGAUACGCUGGAGAUAUUUUUGCGUUCUAUAUUUCGGAAGAAAUAUAAUAAUUUUACAUCUGAUAUUGUUUUUAUUAUUUCUAGUCUUGAUAAUAUUGAUACAAUUUUUAUGGAUUUUGUUACGUCUUUAGAAGUUCUUAUUCAAAAGGAAUCUAAAGCUAUACUUAGAACAAAAGCUUUAAGAUUAUGUCUAUGUACUGUAUGUCAUGGAUUUAAUUCAAAUAUUGUAUCAUAUUUUCACCAUAAAGACUUUUUUCCUUCAAUUAUAAAGUAUAUUACUGAUCCUAGUACUUUUUCAACUGCUUUUUUAGCAUUUCUUUUUCUUGGGGUUUUGGCUAAUAAUAAAAAAUUUGAAUCUCAAAAUCUUUAUCAAACACGACUAAGUGAUUUUGUUGACAAUAAUACUAUGCAAUUAAUUGUUCAUAUUAUUUCAACAAUUUGUAUUGAGUGCAAAAAUGAAUAUAUUUCUCUUCAAAAUAAUGGAUCGGACAAUGCAUGGGGAUUUAUGAAUAUAUUAACAUAUUUUAAUGAUAUGUUUUUUAAUUUAAAUAAUCAUAAAUCUAUAUCUGAAAAUUCUGACAAUGUUUCUUCAGAAAACGGAGUUUUUUCAUUGCCAAGUUUUAAAGCAGCUAUAUUGCUGCCUAUGUAUGAUUUUAUAAAUGUAAAUAAGGCAUUUUGUUAUAUAUUUAUUACUAUUGGAUCUUCAGCAAAUAAUUCAGAAAUAGAAACGCCAUUUUCGCAAUUUAUUUCAUUUACUUCAUAUUUAUUAGAAUAUCAAUCAUUUUCUUUAAGGGCUGGAUAUUAUGCGCGACUUGCACUUCUUAUUAUUCAUAUUCUUGUUGAUGAUGAUGGCUGUUUUGCAGCUCUUGCAAGUGAUGCUAAUAGUUCUGUUGUACAUUUAUGUCGACAAAAACAAUCCUUUCUUCCUUUGGCGAAAAACAAGAGAAUACUUUUAUUGGCUAUUUUUGAUUCUUUAAUUAUGGGUUUAGAGCAUAAUUUAAAAAGAAAUCUGGAUAUAGAGAAGUAUAUUCUUCAUGUUCAAAUAUUAUUAAAUAUCAUCAGUUCAUUGGAGAAAAAAAAAAUAAGACUAGAAUAUCAUUGGCAAGGUGUUUGGAGAUUUCUUAUGCGUUUUAUAAUGUUUUUAUUGACAAAUGCUAAAACCCUUAAACAGCAUUCUCGUAUUGAUGAAUUGAUUUCAAUAUUAUUAAAUUUUAUUUCUUUGUGUGUAACUCGGGGUGAAAAUUUCUUUUUGGAUUUUAAAAAUUUUGAAGAUCUCAUAUAUAAAUUAAUUCAAAAUGGUGAUACUGUCAGAAAAUUUAUAAAAGCUUAUGAAAUGGAAUCCUCCUCUUCUAAAGCAAUUCUCUUGGUUACUGAAUAUUAUGAAAAUCUUUUAUCAAAAAAAUAUAAGCCUCAUGAACUUUCUCCUGAAAAAGUUACCGCUGCCAUUAAAGAGGGAUAUGGUUUGUUUAAUUUAAAUUUAAUAGAAAACAAUGAGUACAAUGAGUAUAAUGUGCGAUUUAAAGAAGCAAAAGAGCGUGUUUUUCUUAAAUCAAUUGCUCGUAUAGUUGUUUCUGAUGCCGACCGUUCACAACUUCAAUGA